ACGUCUCUUGCCGAAGUUAUCGGCGCCAUUUUGGCUCAAACAAACUCUGCAUUUCACUUACUAGUAAAACAUAUUCGUCUUCCAGAUUCGCAUUUUUAACUAAAUCAAUUAAAGAGACCGCCCGUAAACUCGUUGUUUACGUCUGCUAAAACUACUGCUGUCUGUUGUUCUAAAGUCUAAAGGGUUUUUAAUAAUACACCUGCUAAGUCCUCUGCUAGCAGACCGCUACUUAUAAUCGUUGUUUCGCACAGAUGUGAAGUUAAAUACUUGGCGAAUGUAAAUAAAAAUGGGUGGAUGCUCCGCUCCUAACUGCUCGAACUCUACAACUAUUGGAAAGCAGCUUUUUCGCUUUCCGAAAGACCCGGUGCGCAUGAGAAAGUGGCUCGUAAACUGUCGGCGUGAUUUUGUACCGACUCCCUGCUCCAGACUCUGCCAGGACCACUUUGAGGAAAGCCAGUUUGAGGAGAUCGCCAGAUCACCAGCAGGGGGAAGGAAACUCAAACCCAACGCAAUCCCGACGCUGUUCAAUGUGCCAGACCCUCCCUCUCCUGUCACCCCUCAAGCAGUGUUACCUGUCAAAAAUGAGCCAGUGGAAAAGGAGCUGAACAUGGGGGAUCAUGGUUAUGCCCGCCGGCAGCCUCCUGUGGAUUCAGAGGAAGAUGGUGUUCAGAGGGCUGAAGAGGAGCAACCCUGCUCUCUUUGCCAGCAUUAUAAAACCAAGCUGGAGCAGCAACAGCAGCACACGGUCAGACUACAGAGAGAGGCGGAGGAGAUGAAGAAGCGUCUUUACAAACUGAGUAAAAUAGAAAAGGGGUUGCAGGUAUUCCUGUUUGAGGACCAGAUACGGGCCCUGACAUUAGCCAAGCGCUCUCGGAGGGCUGUGUGGUCACAUGACACCUUACUGACCGCCCGAAAGAUCCGCUGCGCCGUGGGGGUUAAAGGAUACGAGUACCUCAGGGAACUUGGCUACCCUCUACCUUCUUACAGGACGCUGUGCAAUCGACUGGAGCCCAAAAUGAUGGUAAGCACGAGCAUGCAGGAUGAACUGGCAGAGCUGGGCCUAGGCAUAAUAGCAGCCUGUGACAGUCCAGAGGGCAACAUGACAAGCGAUGAAGGACUGAUUGGAGUCAUGACCUGAAACACCGCAUUUGUGAGACGGAAUUGAAACGUGACUGUUAAUCCAGCCAGGCGAAGCUAAAGCAGGACACACAGAGGAUGUUUGGUAUACGUUAUUUUGGGUGGUUGUUGUUGCAUAAAAGCAUUGGCAUAAAUACCACAGCAGCCUGAAGUUGGUUCACUUCAUUUUCAGACUUCUUUUCUCUCAGAUUGAAUAAAAUAUUAGGGUUUUGCUACAUCUUGCUGUGUAGUUGCAAGUCCCCAAUGCUGAUAUUGCACCUGGGUUGAGGAAAUGGAGGUAAAUUGGUGGACUAUUCCAGCUGUUUACAGACUCAGUUAAUGCUAAGAAUCUGGCCCGAAAACCAAAUGUCUUAAAUUUGAUUUUUGCUACUGAGACAAAGGUUUUAGAUUUCAUGCUAGUUUCUGUAAGAGGACGUUGGCAAUUGUGAGGUAAAUGUUCAAAUUGGAAAGACAGGUUCCUAUUUUAAUGGUAUAGGUCUGGUAUGUGAUGUGUAGCGAAGAACGUUAGCAGCCCAAAAAAAUUGUGCAAAAAAGCCAUCGCAAAACUGAAUGAUGCUACUGUUCUGGAAAAAUAAAUUUCUUUCUGCAAAGCAAA